AUGACGAAGCUAAUACAUCUGACUGGACUGUUGAUGCUACUACCCGCGACUCUAGCAUCUGCCGUGGUGGACUACCACAAGGGCCGCCCAGGCUGCACCGGGUUUAAGAAUCCAGCAGAUUUCGACGACGCCAGGGCCUUCUGGUACGAGGCGUGCAAAAAAGUCGUCCCAAACCCUCCUGAAGUUCCCUUGUUUACCGAUGUCGGGUGAGUAGCGAGGUGUCCUCGGAGAGAACGUUCGGUCAAGUCGUCCAAUCUCCUAAUUUGUUCGAGUCCUGCCCAAUUUUCAGUGAGUCAAGGGCUGAAGGAGACUGUCGGUGAGUCUUUGCUAUUUUGUACCUUCACCCUGCCUACAAAAAGUGGAUCAUCGUCUCAUCUCUUGCUCACCUUUCUUCGUGAUUGGAUGUUCCCGCUAGUUCCACACAAAAAGACAAACUGGGCAAUUGGAUAAGCGUGGCGUCCACUGUGGCAACGAACCUUUGCUGGACUGAGAUUCCUUGGUAG